GCAGGCGAUUGCAGCUACGGAGACAGAACAAUGAAUCACGGAGAGGCUACUCAGUCGCGCUGGAAUGAGGGGGUCUAAGCAGAAAAAUGAUUGACAAUCAAUAAAGACUGCGAGACACAAAGGAAAUGGAUCGUCACGCCACUGAAAACAGCCCAAAUGUCUGCCAGAUCGAAAGGAAAGUUUAACAACGUAAUAACUCCAAAAUAGGAAUCCCUUGUUGACAAAAACUGAAUUGUCUCAGCACAACGCAGAAUAACAUACAAGCGUGUCAAAGUCUGCAAGAAAAGAAAUGUUUCACGUGACAAACAGUUGCAUGUAAUGGUGAGUGACGUCAACAUAUCUGCAUGAAAUCUACGUCAUGACGUGUAUACACGCUACUUAUUUCACGGAUCGACAAAAUCAAAACCUACGUCAUCAGCAUGUUUGCCGUGACUGUCAGUUUCAGAAAAUUUAUAUGGAGGGUAUUCCCCUCACUCAACCAUAAACAUAAAUGUAAAACAGACACACGAGAGAAAGAGAGAGAGAACAAGAAUUACUGAAAGGAACUAUAAACAAGUUAACAUGUUAUCACCUGCUUACGUCAAGGUCUAUCGCCAUGUUGUAAAGAAAGACAAGAAAUAACAGCUUGCAUUAUCGAGUAGAACAUAAAACGGGAGUUGUUUUAGUAGGAGCAGAAAAACGAGAAAGAAUGAAGAUGCGGUAAAUAUUAUUUUCUGAACAGGCGCCAAAAAAUGUGACUGUCCCAUGAGUUCCUUUGUGUUGAAACGUGCCUGCAUGUUACUGUGAGCAAGAACAUGGAAGCGAUUUAUUAUCUGUAACCGUCCUAUAAGCAGUAAUCACAAGACAACCAACAGACGUAGCAACUCAGCAACCCAUCACAGCUGUAUCCCAUCUUGUUGUUGCUGCCUGUGAAGUAGUGGCCAACGUACAGUGCUGCAAGUGAUGAAGGUUUCUGUGGAUCUGACGGUAAUGUUAACUGGUGAAGUUCCUAACUUGCAGUGAAAAGAAAGUCUUGCCUAAUAGUCUUAUGACGCGUGUGGAAAAAAAUAUUGAUUUGAAGUAACGUGUGAAUAAAUCUUGUUUUUUUUUACUUAUUAAAACGUUGGAUGAAGUUAUAUCGAUUGCAUUACAAGGUACAGCUGACUUAUUGUAGUUGCCUUAUUUAUUCUCAUAAUUUCCUCUAGAAUUUUUUUUUUCGUAAAUUCAGUGUAAAUUUAUUCAAGAAUAAUUAAUACAAAGGUACGUUAAAUUAACCCAGUCAACAAAAUCACAGAACAUUUGUACAAGUUAAUAAGAAAAUAAUUGGAAUACACAUCGAAUUGUGAACGUCACAAAUGCUUGAUAAUGCACAUAUGUACAUCCGCUAGACUGCUAAAAUAUUAAGAAUCUUAGGUUGACUAUAUGUGAAUGCUUGGAUUUGAGAGGAGAAAUUUGUGUUUAACACAUUACAUCGAAAAGAGAACUUUUCAUUAAGGUUUACGACUAUAAACACGUUCGUAGUGGCCUGCUAAUAUUUCAUAAAGGAGAUAAACCGGUUACAACGCCUUUACAAUGACAAUGAAAUACUGUUAGUGGUGCUUAAAGUUUGGUAUGUUGAAGAAAGUUAUGUAAGUAAACUACCAUAACACUUCGACGUUAAGAAGAAUCCCAUAUUGCUAUAAGUGUAUAAAGUGUGACGAAAAGUGAAGUCGAACAUAUGUUGAAAACAAUUUAGGUUACGCCGGUUUAUAAAUCGGUUACCAAGAAGUCUUAAACACCUAUGAGAAUACCAUUCACUGCACCAGACAUUCUCAGCACUGACGACACGACAACCUCCAGCAAUCCAACCAACAAAACCACACACUACUACUAUCGACUGGCAGCAUACGACCCUCCAAGCAUCGCCAAUGACUGUGAUGCUUCUACAGCACACGCCGCUUCAGUACUACAAGCCUCCUCCACCUCCAUCAACAUCCAAAGACGUUACUACCCAGCAGCAGCAGCAUAUGAACCCUCCAGCCGUCCUGCACCACCAUUCAAUCAGCAGCGCUUCAAUCCAAGCCUUUAAAGCGUCUUGCAACACAAGGGCUAUGCGUUACUAUCGACUCUGGAUCUACACAUGCAACGCAGUGCUACUUGUCAGCGUGCUGGGGUUCGCUAUCGUAGCUGGAAGAAUCGUAGUGGCAGAUCCACGGAGGUACCUAGUCCCAGGUCUGUCACUCUACCAGCCAAGCUUCUUGUACGCAUACCUCGCUCUGGCAACGCAAAGCGGACUCCUCCAGCUUGUUGGAUGUUUAGGAGCAUUACGUCUCAACGAGAGGCUCCUCAAUGUAUAUUGGCUGCUCUUGCUAGUGCUUCUUUUCGGUGACGCUAUCGUUGGUAUAGUCUGGGUGUUCCGUUUCGAUAAAAUAUGCGCUGACUUAAGACCGACGCUUAAGCAACGUUUGGCUGCUGAAUACGGCGUCGAUGCUGAUUUCACUACCCUGUGGAACGCAUUACAAAGGGACUACAAGUGUUGUGGUGUAGAUGGUGCUCAGGAUUUUGAAGGUGGUGUUGUGAACAGGACUCACGGUGUGCCGGAAAGUUGUUGCAGAUUUCUUCCGUUAUCUACCACGCUACCUGUCCAGGAUCAUCAACAUCACCACCAUCACCAUCAUCAAGCAAUUACAGAAAGGCGACCUUCUUUGGGAGGAACGUCGACAUUAAAAAAUUAUCAAAACCUUCCGUCACCUCCUUCGGCAUCAGAGGCUUCGUCGUUCGUAGACAAUGAAUCCUUAAAUCGUGUCAUAUCUCCAGAGCAGGAGGCCGAAACAAACAGAGUUCCCACCGAUACCGCGACAUCUCACAGACUCCCAUCUUCCACGUCAUCUGACAAUUGUGCAGUGAGAAAUUCUGAUGCGGGAUUUGGUGAUUCCCACGUAUACACUGCGGGGUGCGAGGGUCUACUUCUCUUCUGGUUGCGACAGAGUGCAGACGUGCUAUUCGUGUUAGGUUACUGUGUCAUUGCGUUCGUCAAACUGUGCUUCCUCGGUAUUUUGCGGUACGAGAUUAGGGAGAUGAUUCAGAAGAUUAAAGUGCUGCAAGGUGAUAUGAGACCACCGCAAUUACUCCUCACCGAAUUCGAAACCGGACCAUCACCUAUAACGUCCCCAACAACGACAACUCAACACUUAGAACCUCUCCUCAUGAAUCAUCAUGAGAACAAUGGAAAUAUUGUCACGGGAAACAAUGGAGGAAUGAUCACUGUAGUCAACAAUACCACGUCUCCUCCACCCCAAAUACGUCACGGAGGAACAGCGUCUUGUGGGAGUGAACGUGACCGGACAGGAUCCGGAACCGCUCUACUACUCCUGCAGCCACCGGACAGUUUGCAGACAACGCCUUUACACAUGUCGACACACCAUCAGCGACACCUCAACCUCAUGAACGACGGAACUGACUCCGACACCAACAGCAACUGUGCCCUCAUCAUAUCGGAGGACAAUUCCGCAACAAACAAGUCUUCAGCGGGUAAAACGAAGCAGCCACGCGGUUCGAACGGCAACAACAAUUAUGAACUUCACGAACUGCAGGAGCUCAACAGGCUUCUUGCGAGGCACCAGACCCAGAUCUGACUACGGAGAUGGAUAGCCACCUGCUUUCCCACUCUACUGCUCUUCCCAUCGCCGUCAUUGCCUGGGAAACGCAGGAGGAAAUUCCGUUAUUAAACAAAAGGAAAUUCCGUGGUCUGUAGUCCGCAAGCGAACUAUAUCGACCGAGCGACCGUCACUUGCCGGCGAAGUUAGUGCCAACUUUAACGGAUUCAGGUUGUCGCAUGGUCAACGCAAUGGAUCCCAACGGCCGUUAAUCUCGGUUUUCUAGACCGGAGCCGCUAUUUCCUUGAAAUAGCUCAUCAAUUAU